AUGUCGGCCCCAUCGGACAACCUUACGACCCUUCUCGCCUUGCGCGACUCUCUCAAUGCCUCAAUUGAUGCGCUUUCCUUGCUUACGCCGGAGGAGAGAUCCCAGCCACCCCGUGUCAACCAAGUGCGUGAGCAAAUAUGGUCCACCGCCACUCGAAUUGCCAGCGAGACCGUCAAUCCUUCGCAACAAGCCACUCUUAUCUCUUUCAUGCCAUGGCUCAACGCGGUGGUGCGGACCGCCCUGGAGCUAGACCUGUUCAACCUUCUUGGACAGUCAACCACUGCAUCCGAGCUUGCGCAGAAGGCCGGAGCGGACGUGACGUUGAUCGUGCGCAUCAUGCGGGUCUUGACGGGCUUUCACAUUGUCUCGGAGCUUGGGGAGGAAACGUACGCUGCAACGCCUGUUUCGCGAGCUCUAACCAUGCCAGCAACGGCGGACUUGAACAAGCACACAUUUGACAGCAGCUGGGGCUGCAUUGGAAAGAUGCCUGCUUACCUUGCCGAGCUCGGCUACAAGAACCCUGACCAGCCCGAAAACACCCUCUCACACUAUGCAACAGGGACUGACUUCUUCGCGUACCUGCGCAAUGACCCUGGGCGUCUCGCUCGCUUCAACUCGGCGAUGAAAGGAGCGGCGGGGUUACUGGUGAGCCCUGUCCCGAGCUCCCUGCUUGAAUCUGGGGCUGGUGGAAGUGGCGUGGUCAUGGUCGAUGUCGGCGGAGGCCAUGGUCAAGUCACGCAGAAAGUCAUGGAAGAGAAUCCGCAUCUCAAGGGGCGUUUCGUUGUGCAAGAUCUCGGCGCUAUCAUCGACGAGGCACGUGCCAGAAAUCCUGCAUACGAGGUCAUGGAGUAUGACUUUUUUACUCCACAACCUAUCCGUGGCGCACGCAUCUACUUCAUGCGUCGUGUCCUGCACGACUUCCCGGACUCCAAGUGCCGCGAGAUCUUGCAGAACCAGAUCCAAGGCAUGGUCAAAGGCCAGUCAAAGCUGCUUAUCUGCGAGACCGUCUUACCGGCUGUCGGGUGCAGUGGCUUCGAAUCACUCGCGGACAUCAGCCGCACUACCUUCAGCUCGAUGCAACGGAGCGAAAAGCAAUGGACGGCGCUCCUGGCGAGCGUAGGCCUGAAAAUCGUGAAGAUAUGGCCAUCUAAGGUAAUGGGACCAUUUGCUGUCAUUGAGUCAGAGCUCGAAUGA